GUGCACGCCUACGAUGCGCACACUCGCCCGCCAGCUUUGCUACUGGCGGAGUUUAUUUUCAGCUUUUCUUAUUACCUUUACAUCGGCAAUUUACAUUUAAGCUUAACUUACAACAAUGAUGUUCUUUUGAAUUUUUGCGGGCAAUUGACAUUAACAUUACAUUAACAUUAACAUCUACAGACAUGUUUACAUUCUAUCAGUCUUACAGUCUGGUAGCCCUAUUUUGACAUUCGCAAUUAUUGACGUACAUUUACAUAUACAAACAGGUGGUCACAAAGAGAUGAGUAUUUGGACAAAAUUGCAACAUUAAUGACAUUUAUAGACAAAUUUAAUUCUAUUUAUUUUCUAUUUCAGGUACUGGAGGAUCAUCGUCGUCGUCUGGAGCAGUGUGGAUGGCACAGGGCGCAACCGUACGGCGCUGGAUGAGCGCGUGUAUGUGAUGCUGCAGAUCACGAAUCUGCGGCAUCAGAAUUGGCAGAGGCAGGAUCCAGGAGUUGGCGUGAAUGGAGAUGGAGUUUGAUGAGCGACUCUGGUCCGGCCGCCCACGUUGCCUCUACCUGGAGAACUGGGGAUUGACACUGGUCCGGCCAAUCGGGGUACGUUGGCCAGUGGAAAUGGCCGCAGUGGAGAUGGCCGCAAAUGAGUGCAGAUUGGCUGCAUCCAAGUGGCUCUGGUCCGGCCACCCAGGAUGCACUGUCGAUGUAGAUGGAGAUGGAGAUGGCGCGCUGGCCAUUGUCGACUGAAUUGGCUGGCCUCGUCGUUGGAUUGCUGCUGCUGCUGUUUUGUGAUGAAGGCAUGACGUCACGGCCAUCGGUUGACGGCAGCGUUGUCGGAGGGGUGUCCAAAUUAGGCCCAACUUGCAACAAAAUGUUGCGGUUGGUGGCGAGACAGGUACUGGAGAGGCUGAUCUGUGAGUGUAUUGACAGCGGCAGCCUGGAUGUUGUUGGCGACGGCGAUAGGGCCUUCAAAUUUCGCCCAUUUGGCAGGAAUUGGAUGGCGAAAUUGGUGUGGCAACUGCUGGAGAGGCAGCUCUAUCGGAGGCGUGGCAGGUACGUAUGUUUUGUCGGCAGCCUGUGGUCUGGAUGUUGUUGGCGACGGCGAUAGGGCCUUCAAACUUCGCCCACUUGGCAGGAAUUGGAUGGCGAAAUUGAUGUGGCAACUGCUGGAGAGGCAGCUCUAUCGGAGGCGUGGCAGGUACGUAUGUUUUGUGUGUAUUUGGACCAUUUUGUGUUGAUGUGUGUAUUGACGUCAUUUUGGUUUGUUUACAGUGGCUGCUCUGGACCUGUGCGGUGGAUU